CUCGAACCCUCCUCCAGAUCAAAUUGGUCCAAUCCAGUCCACAGUUACUUCCUCUCCAUACCCAAUCGAAAACAUACAAGUCGCCUCACCUCCGCGACCUUCACAAAAACGCGCCUGCCCUUUACACUAUUCGCGCAACAAUGUCAACCAUUAGCCUUACAGACCUGCAAUACAUCUCCCGCGAAACCCUCGCCCAGAAAUUCUCCUCCACCCAAUCCCUUCCCUCCAACACAGCCAUAAUCGACGUCCGCGACAGCGACCACAUCGGCGGCCACAUUCGUGGAAGCACAUGGAUACCCAGCUCACAGCUGGACUACAAAGUGCCCGAGCUAGUACGCACACUGAAGGAUAAAGAAGUCGUCAUAUUCCACUGCGCGUUGAGUCAGCAAAGGGGACCGAGCGCGGCGUUGAGGUAUUUGAGGGAGAAGGAGAGGUUGAAGCCGGGGACGGGGGUUGAGUCGAAGGGGGAGGUCAGGGAGGAGGGGGUGGGGAAGAUUGAGGAAGGGAAGGAGGAGGUGGAGGAGAAGGGCGCCUCUGCGGAGCGGCAGAGGGUUUAUGUGCUGAAUGGUGGGUUUACGGAGUGGCAGGAGAAGUAUGGGGAGGAUAGCAAACUGACGGAGGGGUAUCAGAAGGAUAUUUGGGAGUUUGGGUAUUGAGUGGUUUGAGAAGGGUGCGCGUGUACGAGAUGUCUGGGAUCUUAUGGAGCGCUCGGGAGCAGCACAAGGUGGGACUGAAGUGGUGUUAGACGCCUCUUGACACAAAGAGCCAGAAUGCUCAGGGGUGCGCUGCGGGCCGUCACGGUAUCCUCGUCCUGAGGCACAGGCAUUAAAGCCAUUUUAUCACGCUCUGCGAGAGACUAGCAUUGGAAGAAAGGAAAAUUACCAGCAGCAUAUGCGGGCGAAAUUUCGAAGUGAAAUACUUGUUAAAUUCAUAGCAGUAC